UGUUGACAUUUUUGUGUCUGGACAGAUUACAAAUGUUUAUAAUCUUAUAGACAGAAUACAGUGGACAUGAUAUUCAAGGGAGAAGGCAGUCCAUAUAAACAGUGAGGGAUGAAUGUUGUUCACAAUGUGUCUCGUGUGGUUCAUGACAGAGUUUCUCCGAACCCAUUGAGAACAUUGUGUGUAAAUUGUGAAGGAGCCAUUAAUGCCCUGGACACAAGCAAGGAUAACUCACAAGUGGUAGUGGCAGGUAGAAAUGUUUUCAAGAUCUAUAAUAUUGAAGAAGAUAAAUUUGAGGAAAAGUUGAACCUUAGGGUGGGAAAAAAUCUCAAUUUGAAUUUUAGCUCUACUGAUGUUGCUUGGAAUCACAUUGAAGAUCACUAUUUAGCAUCUGCUGCAACCAAUGGUUCUGUGGUUCUUUGGGACUUAAAUCGUCAUUCUCACUCUAAACAAGAGUAUGUCUUCCAAGGUCAUCACACAAGGACGGUAAAUCGAGUUCGUUUUCAUGAGAACGAUGCUCACCUUUUACUCAGCGGAUCUCAGGAUGGAAGCAUGCAUAUAUUUGAUCUACGUAAGCAUGUUUCCAGCAGUGUGUUUAAGUCUGGAAAUAGUAUCAGAGAUGUGCAGUGGUGUCCUCCGCGAUUCAAUGAUUUCUUCUUCGCAGCAGCUGAUGAGAGUGGUAAUGUCCAUAUGUGGGAUAUGCGACGACCUGAUCGGCCUGAGAAACAAAUCACAGCGGCUCACAACGGUCCCGUCUUCACCAUAGAUUGGCACCCAGAGGAGAGAAAUUUGUUUGCCACUGGUGGACGAGAUAAAACAAUAAAGGUUUGGGAUUUCCCUAAAACUCAGGUAGUUCAUCAGAUUCACACAUUGGCAUCUGUUGCUAGGAUACGGUGGCGUCCCCAGAGACGACACUUUAUCGCCAGCUGCUCCUUUGUUGUGGAUUUUUCUGUCAGUGUGUGGGACAUUAAUAGACCCUACGUACCAUUUGCCUCAUUUGACAAACACACAGAUGUUGCCACAGGUAUCAUUUGGAGGAAGGAUGACCCCCAUGUUCUCUACAGCUGUAGUCGAGACACAUACCUGUAUCAGCAUGUGUUUAAGGAUGCUAAGAGGCCCGCAGAUGAUCUGGUUCCAGCAGGGUUGGACAUGAGUAUACAUGGAGAUAUUUCUUAUGCUACACUAGAAAAACCAGACCUAACUGUACGAUCGGGAAGGUUCUUUACAACAACCAAGAAAGAUGUGUCAAAAAAUGAAGAGUUUCUUGCCUACAAAAACAGUCUGAUGUUUGUGAUAACUAAAUCCUCUAAGUGUUUAUCAAUGGAGUACUUUGUGGACUGUGCCAGGAAUUACCAGGUGUGUGGGGCCCCCCUACAGGAGAUGUGUGAAAACAACGCACAACUGGCAGAAAGAUACGACAAUCGACAGGUGGCCCAGAGCUGGAGAAUUUUGAAAGUCAUGUUUGCAUCAUCAACAGAAUCAACGCAACGAGUUGGAAUUUCUACAACAACAAGGAGAGAUGCUCCACAGGAACCAUUAUCAGAAACAGCCACUCCAACAAAUGAAAUAAGUAAUGGAAAUGUUGAUGAUUCAUCCAACUCAGGUUCAGAUGAGGAGGACUAUAAGAAAGAGAACCUGACAAACAUUGCCAGGGGACAGAUUAUUCCGGAGGAGUGGGAUAUACUGUUUGCUGAUGGGGAUCAAGAUAUCAUUCAGUACAACAAUGUGGAUGGACUGCAGGAAUGGUCCUUACAACCUGAAGCCUUCCAACCGCGACAUGAAAUCAAAGACCAUGGUACUCCUCUAGACUCCAUACAAAAUGGUCACGAUUCUCCUACAAUUAGCGCCAACGAGAGUGAGAACAACACCCUUAGUGUCCCCCACCCCAGCGGGAACACCAAGGAGGAGGAGGUGCUGGGAUUUUUUGGGAAUACCCUGGAACUCCCAGAGUUUCGGUUCUCAGAUUUUAUCUCCAAGAUGCUGUAUCAUUAUGCAGAGCAGGGAGAUGUACAAACAGCAGUUUGUAUACUGAUUGUCCUUGGACCUAAAUACCGACCUCAAAUAGAACCUGAAGUUCAAGAAAACUGGUUCUUGUCUUACUUAGAUCUGCUGGCCAGAUUUCAGUUAUGGACUAAAGCGAAUACGAUAAUUAAACUAAGUCACCUCCCGCAAGUAAACCUGUUAAACCAGCAAUCAACCCGUAUCCAUGUCAACUGUCACAGAUGUAACCGACCGCUGCAGAGGGUAGGCUGGUUGUGUGAUCGGUGUAAACUCGUCAUCAACAAUUGUACCAUAUGUCAUUUACCUGUAAAAGGCUUGUUCAUCUGGUGUCAAGGUUGUUCACAUGGAGGUCAUCUCAGUCACAUGAAAGAAUGGUUUAGUCUCAAUAGACAGUGUCCUACUGGGUGUGGUCACCUGUGUGAGUUCACAUGACACACGUGGAUGUCGUGUUCAUGCAGUUUUAGGUCGUGUGUAAUGUGUAAUGCCCUGUUCACACUCAAAAGUAUAAUUUAAAUUAAAGACAAAUUACUGCGAAUCAAAUUUGAACUGCAUUCACAUGGAGAAUUUAAUGCAAAUUUAGUUUAAUUUGAAUUAAUUUACUGCACAUCAAAUUGCUUCUUGUUAACUCUAUGUGAAUACUAAACAAAAGCUAAUUCGAGUUUAAAUUUUGACACAUGCGUAAUAGCAAAAUUUAGCAACAUGCCACAUGUCAGUGGUCAAAUAUAAGUACUUAUGCUAUUUUUUGUAAAACAAAGGAAAAUUAAGUUUAUCACAAAAAAUGUGUACAGAGACAAAGUUUAUGUCAAAUGUACAUCUGCUGUGCAUAAGGUGACUUGAUUUGGAAAUGACGUCAAAAAAGCCUUACUGUAGAAAUCAAAUUUUAAUGCACAUUAGUUAACUUUGCAUUAACUGUCAAACGAACCAAUUUAACUUGCAUUAUUUUUACUUCCCAUUCAAUAACUGCAAAUUAAAUACUAAAUGUGCAUUCGUGUGAACAGGGCAUAAGUGCAUUUGAUACUAGAUGUAUUUAUGCUAAUAGGUAUUUUUUUUUUUUUACAUUGACGUGAAUGAAUUUGAGAAACAUGAAUGUUAUAUUUUAAUUUCCAAAGUGUUGAGAUGUGUUCAUUUUGUUUUAGAAAAAAUUGGCAGGAGAGUGGGUCUUUUAAUUAAUACAGGGUUCAUUGUAAUUCAGAAAAUAUGUUUGAUGUAUCAAUUAACACAGGGUGUUUCUUAACAUACAUUUCCUUUUAAUCUUGAUCAAAAAUGUUAUGCUAAACUUCAGGUUUGAUGAUACGUUCCUCAAAUAUCUGAUUUUGUAUCUCUUUGAAACACACCAAAAAUAUUUACAUAUUUAAUUAGUAUUAUCCUGUGAUUUCUAAUCUGUUUUCAAAAUGUCUUAAAAAAUAUACAUUCAAGUGAACCCCAAAGAUUAUUAUAUCAACAACUCAAGUGAUAUCCAAUAGCAUUAUAAAGGAAAUACCAUCCUCAGGUACCUCGCACAAAUGCCUGGUAACGUACAUGUACCUCAAUUUUUGUGAUGAAACUUGUUAAAAUAGCAAUACUUCAAUCCCAAGUUCUUGGGAAAAAUUAUAUAUUAAUGUAUUCACCUCUUGUCUGACCUUAACAAACUGUUUAGAUAAUCGAUUAUGUGCAGUUACAAAAAAAAAAGAUUUUGAAUGAAAGAAAAUUUUUAUUCCUUAUAAAUACUCCUGAAUUUUUGAUAA